GGCGUGAACCCGACGACGGCCAUGAUCGCCCCAGGCAUGGCGGCGCACGUCCUGGUCAGAUUUGCGCCCGCGACCCUCAACGACGUUAGCGACGACAUGACGAUCUGCACCGAGCUUGGGGACUACAGCCUGCCCGUGGCUGCGCGGAGGCAGCAGCCGCGCCUGCAGUUCGCGAGCCCAGUCGACUGCGGCCGCAUCCUGGCGGGCAGCACCCACAAGGUGCAAACCAGAGUGGUGAACCACGGCGGCGAGGGUUCCUUCCGGUUGAUCCCUGGAGAGGCGGACGAUCCGGCGGACGUGCCCGAGGUCCACUACUCCACUCCCGAGGGCGGCGAGACCAGCCUCGAGUCGGACAAGUUCAGAGUCACGCCGGCGAGCUUCUACCUCGAGGCCGGGGCGGCGAUAGACCUUGUGGCCAGCUUCAGCUCCUCUGAGGUUGGAGAGCACUCCCUGACCCUGAAGGUGGAGUGCGACAGCGGCGCCAUGGUGCCCCUGCGGCUGACGGGCAUCGCGGACGCGCUCAUUCAGUUCAAGAAGCUUACAGGGCAGCAGAGGCAGCAGCGGCAGAGGAUAGUGGCGGAAGAGAUCUGCCGCAUGUCGCGGUUUUGA